ACUCUUCCCAAUAACUGGACAGCGAAGGAAAUUUACGCGGACGGCGUACCGCGAAAAAAGGAAACUGGCAAGACCUCGUCUGCUGGAAAACCUCCUAAAAAGGAUGAUGCCAGUGAAACUAGUAAGAAGGAGGAUGAUUCUAAAAAGAAGAAAGCUGAAAAGAAAGUAGAGAGUGAUUCAUCCAGUUCCGAAAGCAGUGAUGAGGAGGAGUAUGGAGAGGAGCGAGAUUUAUUUGUUGCUCAACUGUACAAGUUUCAAGAAGAGCGAGGAACUCCAAUUAAUCGUGCACCAAUUUUGGGUGGAAAGGAUAUAGAUUUGUAUCGUUUUUAUCGAGUAGUUCAGUACUAUGGAGGAUGUAAAAGGGUAACCACAAAUCAACUUUGGCGAAAGGUUUUGUGCAAACUGCAUUUGGAAGGCUGCCCUGGAGCGACACCGGUUACUGUUCGGAAGGCAUAUAUUCGGUCAGUCUUACUUUUAAUUGUCUUACCUUUACGUUUUUUGUUGUUCAUAUGUUUUCUACUUUACCUAUUCUGUAUAUUUUUACCUCUUUUUAACCUUUUUUCUUCCUUACUUCUUUUUUCUUAA